UUGAGAGGAGGUGUGAGUGUUCUCUAUGUACUGUAUGCAGAUUAUGAAAGGUGAUCUCUGGGUUGAAUACAUACAUACGUACCUGAGAACAUACCUGUUUAACAUACAGGUAGACAGCGCAGAAACUCGUUAACAACACAUAAAAUACAGAAACAUUGACUUCGUUACCAUGGAUACGAGGCUGUUACUAGGGGUGCUGGUUGCCCUACUGGGGACAGCCCUGGCAAACCCAUCUUGGAGCGUCACUGUAGAAUAUGGCAAAAAUGUCAUCCUCUCUUGCAACGACACAAGCGCACCUCCUACCACUGAUGUAGUACGCAAUAGAUGGAUGCUUCCCGAUUUAAGAAUUGUAGAUAAAGGAUGGACGGAUGACGAUGGACGAAGGGGAGUGAUUGAUGAUGGAAAAAGGUUUAACAUAACCAUGUUAUCAGACCGAGACUUUGGCAUUUACCAUUGCAUGUUUGAAAAGACUGACGGGACUUACUUUGUCGUAAAACGUGGAGUAAACGUCGGUGGCCCAUAUUACGGCAACCUAUGGGAUAAAUAUCGCAUGAGUGUCAUCAUAGGUGGCAGUGCUGCAGGAGGAUUUGCCGCUGUAAUGAUUCUCAUCUGUCUCGUGUAUAAAUUCCGCUGGAGGCCUCCCGUAGAGGAAGAUCAAUACAAAAGCCCCCCGACCAAUGGACAAAUAGACGGAUAUGGAGUCGCACACGUCCCAAGCGACACAAAGGAUGAUAUUGAACGAAUCCCAAUGGCGCAGUAUCACACAGGAAAUGAGAAAAAUGGUGAUGCGCCUGUACCUGCACAGACUGAAACUGCUCAACUUACUAAUGAAGUGAAAGUUAAGGAUAACAGUUCAUACGUUUAUGAUAAUCCUGCAAUGAAGAUUACAGAUCCAGACAAAUUAACACAGUUAUAAAGACCAAAAAAUGCUGAACUAACAUUUAUACUACAAACUAUUCCUAAUCCCCAAGUCCGAACAUAUCACAUACUUUGUGAAAAGUGACUUGUAUAUAUGUGGUCGAAGAGGCCGAACUUACACAGCUAUUAAAAAGUUUUCCCAAAUCCUCAAAACACACAUAUCUCAGAUUUUGAAUGAAACACCACAUCCUUAAAAGGAAAAAUAGAGGAUAUUGCAUAUAUGGGAUGUUAAAACAAGGAUACGGUAUCCAACCCAAUAUAUAAAAGUGAUAUUACUAAAACACCAAUGGAUAAAAAUCCCACAUACAAACCUAUAUAUCGGGAUCCCAAAAGGAAAUAUUUGUAUAAAAUACCAAUAAUGGAGAUUACAAAACAAAACAUUUGCUGACGCUUGAACUUUUGUACAUAUUUUCGCCACUGCACAGUGACUUUAUAUGAGUUAAUAACAAUGAAACUUCAAUGAAUCAAUAAAUAAAAAUACUCAAAGGGUUACCAUGGUUACAUGUAAAUAAUUCCAUGAAAUCUUGAUAUAAUUUUAUGUAAGGGUGACUCUGUGUUGCCAUUUACUUAAAUCUAAAUACACAGAAAAUUACAAGCACUCAAGGAAACUAAAAAACAAAUAUGAAAUCAUUGCACUAAGAUGAUGCAUAUAUUUUGAAAUAUAAUAUAAUUAAAUGAUUUUCUGUUGACUGUAUUGUUAUAAAGCUGGAGCUAUACUAAGAUAGUACUAUCAUCAAUUCUAUUCAUAUUUGAACAAUUUUAUUGAAUAGCCACACUAACCUCUGAAUAUUACAGAUAAUUUACAGUUUUAAUAUUUGUAAGUCUAUUGAAAUUUAAUAAUAUGUCUAAUGACCAAAAAUACCUAAUAAAAAGCAAAACCAUAUUUAUUGCAUCUUUUAUUUAGAUUUUAUAAUUUUCAAUAUCUAAAGGACAUAAUACAUACAUGAUGUUGAUAAAAUGGCAACAACUUUUGGUUCAAGUAAUAUUUUCAAUGAAGACAAAACUGAAGUUAAAAUAGAUG